AUGGACAGCAUCCAUUUAGAAAAAGACCGCCCAGUGAAGCAUGUGGGCCGCAAAGAGCUGUACACCCAGCUCGAAACGCGCGUCAGCUAUCUCCAUGACUUUCUCGACUUCAAUUCUGGCGACAUCGAGGCCCUCACCACCGGAUCAAAAUACAUCAAAGCCCUGAUCCCCGCAGUAGUCAACAUUGUAUACAAGAAACUGCUCGAGACGGACAUCACAGCGCGAGCCUUCCACACACGCAACACAGCCGACGAACGGCCAUUAGAAGAAUUCAUGAACGAGGAGAGCCCGCAGAUUCUCCGACGCAAGAUGUUCCUACGAUGGUAUCUCACCCGUCUGUGUUCCGACCCGUCGUCCAUGGAAUUCUGGAAAUAUCUAGAUAAAGUGGGUCUCAUGCACUGCGGCAAAGGCCGCCUCCACGCAUUGAACAUCGAAUACGUCCACAUCGGCGUGUGUCUAGGGUUCAUCCAAGACAUCUUCACCGAAGCCCUCCUGUCUCACCCGCGUCUCCCCCUCCAACGCAAGAUCGCCCUCGUGCGCGCGAUUGGGAAAAUCAUCUGGAUCCAGAACGACCUGUUUGCGAAAUGGUACGUGCGCGAUGGGGAGGAGUACGCCGACGGGAACGAAGGGGACGAGUAUGAAGACAAAGAAGGGUACGUGGAUGGCAAGAAGGUGAUUGGCGAGAGUUCCUCGUCGCACUCGAGUGAUGAUGAUGGCUCGAGUGUGAGUAGUAGUGAUGGACCAGUUCCGUCAGCAAAUCCUUCAACGGGGGCCAAGUCUGCGAUUCCGAUACCCUCUGUAUGUCCAUUUUCCGGGCAUAAAGAGAUAAACGCGAGUUCAUAG